AUGUCCACCUCACCUCAAGAUACGCCCAGCAAGGGCUCACCCGCUGUUGAGCGGGUCACCGAUCAGCUGGAGAAACCUUCUCUUGAUGAUCGCAGCUACCGGGUCAUCCGUCUCCCCAAUAAGCUUGAGGCUCUCUUGGUGCAUGAUCCCACGACGGACAAGGCCAGUGCUGCCUUGGACGUGAAUGUUGGAAGCUUCAGUGAUGAAGAUGACAUGCCCGGCAUGGCCCAUGCUGUCGAGCAUCUCCUGUUCAUGGGUACCAAGAAGUAUCCGGUCGAGAAUGACUACAGCCAGUAUUUGUCGACAAAUUCUGGUAGCUCUAAUGCCUUCACUGCAGCAACUCACACCAACUAUUACUUCGAGGUGUCUGCCAAACCCAGCAAUGAUGAGGAGCUUUCGGCUACCAAUCCCUCGCCCCUUUACGGUGCUCUGGAUCGUUUUGCUCAGUUCUUCGUUGCGCCGCUCUUUCUAGCCAACACCCUUGACAGGGAGCUUCGGGCUGUGGACUCCGAAAACAAAAAGAACCUACAGAACGAUACGUGGCGACUUCACCAACUAGACAAGUCCAUCUCGAACCCCAAGCAUCCGUACUGCCAUUUCUCUACUGGAAACCUGGAAACGCUCAAGGUGUUGCCUGAGUCCAAGGGCGUCAAUGUUCGUGAAAAGUUCAUUGAGUUUUAUCAGAAGCAUUACUCGGCCAACCGCAUGAAGCUGUGCGUGCUCGGAAGAGAAUCACUUGACGUUCUUGAAGGCUGGGUUGCCGAGUUGUUCUCAGACGUAGAGAACAAAGAUCUGCCACCCAAUGAGUGGACGGAUGAAGCUCCUCUUACGCCGGAGCAACUCGGAGUCGUGACCUUUGCCAAACCCGUAAUGGAUUCACGAGAACUCAACAUUACCUUCCCCUUCUUAGAUGAGCAUCUCUUGUUCGAAGAGCUUCCAAGUCGUUACCUCAGCCACUUACUUGGCCAUGAGGGCCCGGGCAGCAUUAUGGCUCAUAUCAAGUCAAAAGGUUGGGCUAAUGGUCUUAGCGCUGGUGCGUGGACUGUUUGCCCUGGCUCUCCUGGCAUGUUUGAUAUUCAGAUCAAGUUGACACAAGAAGGGCUUAAAAACUACGAAGAGGUCGCCAAAGUGGUGUUCCAAUACAUCGCCUUGCUUAAAGAAACGGGACCCCAGGAAUGGAUCCACAACGAGCAAAAGAUUAUGGGAGACAUUGAUUUCAAGUUCAAGCAGAAGACUCAGGCUUCCAGCUUCGCAAGCAAGACAGCCGGAGUCAUGCAACGGCCACUGCCCAGAGAAUGGCUCUUGAGCGGAACUAGCAAGUUGCGCAAGUAUGAUGCCAACCUCAUCCGCAAGGGCCUUGAUUGCUUGCGGCCUGACAAUUUCCGCAUGUCCAUCGUCUCGCGGGAGGUGCCUGGGAAAUGGGAGCACAAGGAAAAGUGGUACGGGACUGAGUAUUCCGUGUCCAAGAUUCCUAGCGAACUUAUGGAGGAAAUCAAGAAGGCCGCCACCAUCUCCGAUCAAGAACGGAUCCCUGAGCUUCAUCUCCCGCACAAAAACCAGUUUAUUCCUACAAAGCUGGAAGUUGAAAGGAAGGAGGUUAAGGAGCCAGCUUUGGCGCCGCGGAUUGUGCGCAACGAUGACCUAGUACGCACUUGGUAUAAGAAGGACGACACGUUUUGGGUGCCCAAAGCGAAUUUGAUUGUCAGCCUGAAGAGCCCUUUGAUCCACGCGUCUGCUGAGAGCAUUGUCAAGGCGAGGCUCUUCACCGACCACGUCAAGGAUGCCUUGGAAGAGUUUUCGUACGAUGCCGACCUUGCUGGCUUGUCCUACCUCGUAUCACUCGACAGUCGUGGAUUGUUCGUUGAGGUAUCUGGGUACAACGACAAGCUUCCACUCCUCCUGGAACGCGUUCUGACUACGAUGCGGGAUCUCGAGGUCCGAGACGACAGAUUUGAUAUCAUCAAAGAACGUCUGACCAGAGCUUACCGUAACUGGGAGCUUCAGGUCCCAUGGUAUCAGGUUGGCGGCUUCACGGAAUGGCUCACUGCAGAGCAUGACCACACAAUCGAGGAGCUCGCGGCUGAGCUACCACACAUCACCUCGGAUCACGUCCGGCAGUUCCGGAAAGCCCUUCUUGCUCAGCUGCACAUGGAGGUUUACAUCCACGGAAAUCUCUACAAGGAGGACGCUCUGAAGUUAACGGAUAUGGUCGAGUCUACUCUUAAGCCGAGGGUGUUGCCGCGUUCUCAGUGGCCGAUCCUGCGAUCCUUGGUGCUCCCACCCGGGUCCAACUACGUCUGGAAGAAGAUGCUCAAGGACCCCGCCAACGUGAACAACUGCAUUGAAUACUUCCUCUAUGUCGGUGACAAAAACGACUCUCUUAUCCGUGCCAAGACACUGCUUUUGGCCCAGAUUCUCCAAGAGCCAUGCUUCGAUCAACUCAGGACCAAGGAGCAACUAGGCUACGUGGUGUUCUCUGGAGUGCGUGCCACUUCCACAAGCUACGGAUUUCGAUUCCUCAUCCAGAGCGAGAAGACAGCCCCUUACUUGGAGAACAGGAUUGAGCUGUUCUUGGAAAGGAUGGCGAAGUGGAUCGAAGAGAUGGACCCUAGGCAAUUUGAGGCUCACAAGCGCAGCUUGAUCGUGAAGCGCCUCGAGAAGCCCAAGUUUUUGGACCAGGAAACCAACAAGCAAUGGAGUCAGAUCCAUAGCGAGUACUAUGAUUUUGAGAUCUCCCAACGCGAUGCUGCUCACGUCAAACCUCUUACUAAGGAGGAACUGAUCGAGUUCUUCGAGUAUUACAUCCACCCCUCGUCGCCUAGCAGGGCCAAGCUCGCUAUCUACUUGGAGGCUCAGGCAAAGAGCGACGUGACGACUGCCCAGAUAACCGAACUCGUCAAGACACUGGAACUUGAUGCUACUACCUCGGCCAAAACCGCCACCGACCUCCAAGCGAGACUGAGCGCGGCUGAUCACGACGAGGAGAAGGAGAUUGCUGGUCUUAAGGAGUAUCUUGGCAGCCUCAGUGUUACCGAGAGCAAUAUGGAUGCUGCCACCGAGACAUGGAGGAAACUCCAUGCUGAAAAGGUCAGCGGGGUGGUCAAGGAUGCGCCACCGCCGUCAUCAAACGGCACGAAGCCUAUCCUCAUUGAGGAUGUGCGCAGCUACAAGGCUGGAUUGCCAGUCAGCGCUGCUGCUAGGCCGGUGAAGGACCUGAGCGAGUACGAGGAGUUGGAUUCCAAGCUCUAAGUGAAAGCCUCAAACAGUGCAGGAUAACGAUUUCCGUAUCAAAUGUUGCUUUCG